AUAAAUAUACGAUUGUUGCUAAGUGAACAGACCAAUCUUAGAUAAAAACGGCCUGGCUCGGCCGGUCCCUGCAGUGAGUGUUCGGUGCGCAAUUUGCAGCCUGGAGAUAAAGCCCAGCUUUUUUGGAUCGCCUUCCAGUGGGCUCCUUUCUGGAGCGGGAAUUCAAAGCGCACAUCAGCAAUGAGGCACUUUCGACUCCACAAAAAAAAAGGAUGAUAAUGAUGAAGCAUUCGGUAUUUCAAGCCAACCCUUAUUGAGGGAUCGUACUGUAUUUGCUAUCUGUAUUACUUGGCAUGUUUUUCGAAGGCGCCGUGAAGAAAAGGAUCCAGCGGGUGUUCACGGCAGCACGUCCCGCAGCUCACCUUUGGCUUUUGCGUCGCCGCUGUUGUUUUCCAGCGAUGCGGAUUCAGGGGUCCCUUCCGCCGGUGGAGGUGGUCCGCCUGGGCCUGCUGUCUUACCGGCAAGCUCUGCGUGUCCAGCAGGCGUACGUGAAGCGCUGCCAGGCGGGCGCGGCCCACGCGCUGCUGCUGUGCCAGCACCCGCCCGUCUACACCACGGGCAUCCGGCAGAAGGAGCGGCCCCCCGCCGAGCUGGAGCGCCUGCGUCUGCUGGGGGCCCAGGUCCACCGCGCCGACCGAGGCGGCCUCAUCACCUUCCACGGGCCCGGACAGCUGGUGUGCUACCCGGUCCUGCACCUCGCCUCCUUCAAGAAGAGCGUCCGCUGGUACGUGUCGCAGCUGGAGCGGACGGUCGUGGCGGCGUGCCGAAGCUUCCGCGUGGAGGCGUCCACGUCGCCCCACACCGGCGUUUGGGUCGGCGACAACAAGAUUUGCGCCAUCGGCGUCCGCUGCUCGCGCUACGUGACGUCGCACGGUUUGGCCCUCAACUGCAACACGGAUCUGGCCUGGUUCCGCCACAUCGUCCCGUGCGGCGUGGAGGGCAAGGGCGUGACGUCGCUGAGCGUCGAGCUACGCCGGGACGUCGGCGUGGACGAGGCCGUCCCGCACGUGCUGCGCGCCUUCGCCGACGUCUUCCGCUGUCGGCUGGCGGACGCGGGCGCCGUCCGUUCGUGAAAGACCUUUCGCGUCGAAUUGUGCUAUUGGAUUGUUUCAUUAAAACUUUGAAAAACGCUG